UUCCCCGCCUUCCGGAAGUUGCGUCACAUCCUAAGCGUGGCGCAAUGACUACUUCCGCAAACAGAAUGGCGGAAAGCUUUACUGAGCCUUUAUGAACUAAAGCUUUAAAUUCAAAUCACUGAGCAAAAUGGAAAAUUCUUCAAAAACAGAGGAUUGUGAAAAGGUCUUUGAAGAUGAAGAGGUACCUGUGGUUUCCAAAACAGAACUCUCUGAUGUUAAUGAAAUUGAAUCCUCUGGUGGAAAGGACACUGACAGUGUUCAGGAAGGCACACCAAAAAAAAGAAAACUAGAGUUUCAGGAUGAUCCUGAAGUUAAGACUGCCAGUUGUGGAGAGGGCACUCCAUCAAAAACAAGAAAGUUGGGUAAUGAAAUUAUUCUUGAGGAAAGAGCUGCUGCCGGUGAUGAAGAAGGCAUUUCACGAACAAGAAAGUUAGAAACUGAUGAUAAACCAAAAGAUGAUACUUCUAGUUGUGGAGAUGGCACUGCCUCAAAAAAGAGAAAAUUGGAAGGUGAAGAUAUUCCUGUGAAACGCAGACAUUUAGAAGAAGGACAUGGCUCAGUAGUAGCUGCUCACUACAAUGAGCUUCAGGAAGUUGGUUUGGAGAAACGAAGCCAGAGUCGUAUUUUUUACCUUCGAAACUUUAAUAAUUGGAUGAAGAGUGUCCUCAUUGGGGAAUUUUUAGAAAAAGUGCGACAGAAAAAGAAACGUGACAUCACUGUGUUGGACCUGGGAUGCGGGAAAGGUGGAGAUUUGCUCAAGUGGAAAAAGGGCAAAAUUAGCAAACUAGUUUGUACUGAUAUUGCUGAUGUUUCCAUCCAACAGUGUCAGCAGCGCUAUGCUGACAUGAAGAAUCACUGUCGUGACCAUGAGUACAUUUUCAGUGCAGAAUUUGUAACUGCAGACAGCUCAAAGGAGCUCUUGGCAGAUAAAUUUCGUGAUCCAGAGAUGUGCUUUGACAUUUGCAGCUGUCAGUUUGUAUAUCAUUAUUCAUUUGAGACUUAUGAGCAGGCUGAUAUGAUGCUCAGAAAUGCUUGUGAGAAACUUUGCCCUGGAGGAUAUUUUAUUGGUACUACACCAAAUAGCUUUGAGCUCAUAAAACGGCUUGAGGCAUCAGAUACAGAAUCAUUUGGAAAUGAAGUCUACACUGUAAAGUUUCAGAAGAAGGGAGAAUAUCCUUUAUUUGGAUGCAAAUAUGACUUCAACUUGGAAGGUGUUGUGGAUGUUCCAGAAUUUUUGGUUUAUUUUCCUUUGCUUAUUGAAAUGGCAAAGAAGUAUAACAUGAAACUAGUUUACAAAAAGACAUUUUUGGAAUUCUAUGAAGAAAAGAUCAAGAAUGUUGAAAACAAAGUGCUUCUAAAACGAAUGCAGGCAUUAGAGCCAUAUCCAGCCAGUGAGAAUUCCAAGCUUGCCUCGGGGAAUUUGGAUGAUUAUGAACAUGCUACAAAAUAUAUGAAAAACAGUCAAGUUAGAUUACCUUUGGGGACCUUAAGUAAAUCCGAAUGGGAAGCUACAAGUAUUUACUUGGUUUUUGCAUUUGAAAAGCAGCCAAGAACAUAAAACUGAUUUAAUCAAGAAGAGUGGUUUAUCCCACCUUGUACAGAAGUGGAGGAUUCACAGUCAGCGCUAGCAGCUUUGUUUUAAUUUUUUUCUUUCCUUUUUAAAAAAAAAUUCUUUUCUCUUCCUUUAAAAAAAAAAUUGAACCAGGGCAAAGACAUGAGUCUGCCCUUCAGCUCCUGACUCUGGCAGGUAAAUUUUUGUGUGUGAAUUAAAAAAAAAAACAAGCUUGAACAUUCAUCUCUUUAAAACAGUUUGCUUUCAGAAAUGGUCAGGGAAAAUAACCUAUUUGACUUUUCACUGAUCUGGUAGCUUUCAAAAGUUAUGUUACAGUACAACUUGUUAUUAAGGCAGCUGAGCCAUUGCCACGAUGCUCCAGUUUGCUCAGUAAUGUUUACAGUAUUAAAUUUUGAGACUGUAGGAUGUGGAGCAAGAAAUUCAAGUUGUAAGUGUGUGCACGCACAUGUGUGUACUUGCUUAUGUGUAGUCUUGUUAUGUUUUCAACAUUAAAUGGUUUUGCAUUCUGAACAGUUUUGAAUGUUGAUGUUCUGAAUGUGUUGGCAAAAUAGAAGUUUUCACAUGUGUAUUUUAGAACAUCUUAAAUUCUAGGCAACUUAUUUAGACAUUUGCUACAAUAUUUAAUAUAAGUAGUAGCCCACUACUAGUAGUAUAUACUACUAGUAUAGUUUAAUAUAUUUAGUACAGGUAGUUUGCUUAGCAUAACGUCCUUCCCAAAAUAGAAUUUUUUUAGAUGCAUAGAAUUGUUUUAGAAUUUGUUUUCUGUGGUAAUGUUUGCAGCUUUUCUCUUUUCCUUUUAAAGGAAAAAUAUAUGCUGCCAUCUAAAAUAUUUGAUUGUUAGAACUACAAAAUUCUAAGCUAUUGCUUAUAAUGGGUUAUAGAUUCCCCUUACUGACAACAAACACAUGACUAUGCUGAAACAUUUUUUAUGCCUUCUAAUGCAUCAUUAUUUGUAAAGAUUAUAUCUGGCUACUGUAUUUGAUAAGUAAGCCUCAUGUGGAUCCAAGUUGCAAUAUUCAUUUUUCUGACAAUUAAAAAACUCAUUUGGCACACUAAACUAGGAAUUCUUUUUACCUAGUGUUUCUUUAUAAAUGGGAUUGCUCUAGCAGUGUGUGGUCACAAAGUUAUUAGGUUGAUGCUUAGUGAAAUAUGGUGACAAGUAGUAGUGUAAAUCAGUAGUGCCCUUUUGGUCCAGGAGUCAGUUUUAAGCACCACCAUCAGGACUGUCUAUGCCAGACCUAGCCAGAACAAAGGUAAGGGACAAGGGAGUAAGAAAGCAAAUAGAGGAGAAAGGAGGUUUGUCAAAGAGAAUACAUGUACUAUUGGAUUUCCAAUUGAAGUACUAUUGGAAACUUCAGGUACUCACUGACACCUCUGCCAUAGGUUGUUCACCUUUUCUUUAACCAUAUGAUCACCUGUAUACUAAGAAAAAUAUGUAACUGAACUACAUGGGGGGAAUUUUCCUGUAGGCUCUAUAACAAUGAUCCUUCCAGCAAAUUACGCUUUUUUUUAAAAAUUUAGUGAAUAAGACACUAAUUAUAAUAACCAAGAACAAUCUCUGAAAGCCAAGUAAAUGUUUAUUGUUACAUCAGGAGUCAAAAUCUCCAUUGGUGGUUGUCAGUACAAGGAAUGCAAUCUCUACGAUAGCCUCCAAAUAUUAGAACUGCUUUCAAUUCUGAGGUCAGCUCACAUUGGUAAUGGUAAAAACACAUUUCUAUGGUACUUUGGUGUUUGCAAGGUGAUUUCUUUGCAACAAUCCUGGGGAGCAUGCAGGGUAAGCAUUAUUCUUAUUUUAUAGAUGAGGAAACUGAUGCUAAAAGAACAAAUUUCUCAUGGUCAGACAGGGUUACUAAGUGUCAGGAUUCUGACUGAUUCAUUUUCUUUCUGAUUAUACUGAUUUCUCUCUAUUAUAAUUUUGGAAUUUUGGAGGUAUGCUUGUUUGUUUUCAUAGUUCUCUUUCUCAUGCCCUGCCUAAAAUUAGUGUAAUAUAGUUGUUGGUAAUGGUACUGAGACUUAAGAUUUUCUUUUUUUCUGAUAUUUGUAAAUGUACCACAGCUAUAAAUAAAAUAUGGGCCAUGAAGAUUGAAUAAUAAAAUAACAUCACUUUGUUGUGAGCA